CGCGGAGGAGCUGCUGAUAUCUCGUAUUUGUAGUCUCUACGACGAUAUGCACGAUGAAGGAGGUCGCGCAAGGCGAUGAUACGCAAGCGCGGGGCCUCCGGCGGGAACCGUCUCUCCGGGAUAUGGACUUGAACACGCCUUCGAAGGCGCGUAAUCAUCUCAAACCUGGGAAUGUUACUCCGAGUGCAAGGGCGAGAGCUGUACGGACGCGCGACUCGAGUAACGAAGUUAUACCGGAUAGCGAGGAGGAGAGGAUGAACACUGGCACUCGAGAAGGUGGAGAGGACUUGAGUACCAAGACGAAAAAGGUCCUCGAAAUCAUCGAGAUAUCUUCGGACUCUGAGGACGAGCAGCCGAGACGUCCUACACGUGCAAAGCUCGGUGGCCUAGGGACUAAACAACCCACUGCUCCUGCGGCUACAACGACGACUGGUACGACGGCCAGAGGAUCUCCAUCCGUCUCUGCAGUGCGGCCUCGGAACAUGGAUUUUAUCUCAACUCCUGGGCAAUUUGGCUCAUCUAAGCAACGAGACAUUCCUCGGGAUGAUAGUCAAGUCACCGUGCAUAGCUCGACUACUACCCAUGUCUCCGACAGCCAGGAAGGGUCGAUAUUAAAAGCUUCUGCCGACGAACCAAAUAUCAUUGAACUCACUGACAGCGAUCCAGAGCCUGUCGACCUGAGACCGAAACCCAAGCCAAGGUCAAAGAACAAGGCAGUUUUGCCUCCUGCGCCAGAUGAACCGGUAUCAUCCGCAUCCAGGAUGUUACCGUUAUAUGCUGAUGAGGAACCUCGGGAAGUAGAUGACGGCUCGAUCCUGAUGCUGAAUGAGCCCAGGGCUGCGAGGACGCCGCUGCGCAAGAAGAAGGCACCUGGUGCAUCUACGCCAGCAGUGCCUUCUAGCGUCAGCACUCGCAGAGCUCCAACUACCCCAAGACGAGCUGUCAGUGCUGUGGAUAGUGAUUCCGAGGAUGUGGAAUCACUUCCGGCUAGCGGUAUGCUCCCGCAGACCCCGUCGCGCGCGGGCUCCUCUAGGACGCCCAGGCAACCGCGAAUGACGAAGAAAGCUCGCGAGGCAGCCGAACAUGCGGAGCGCGCCGCGUAUGCAGAAAAGCUAUUCAUUGAAUUGAAUCGUACUAUAUUUAAGGACAGGUUGCCUGCUGAUACUGAACUGGUGUGGAAUCCGAGGCUACUGACGACUGCUGGUAAAGCUAGGUGGCAUAAAUCGAGCGAUGGGACCAAGAGUGCAUCGAUAGAGCUUGCCAGAAAGAUACUCGACUGCGAAGAACGUAUUAGGUUCACGCUGGCGCAUGAAAUGUGUCACCUUGCUUGCUGGAUAAUCGACCAUGACCCAACAACAGGGCACGGCAAAAACUUCAACGCUUGGGCUUGUAAAGUCAUGCGCAAGCGACCAGAUAUCGAAAUAUCAACAAGGCACAACUACGAGAUUUCUUACAAGUAUGAAUGGCAAUGCCAGAAAUGUUCGAAGAUAUACGGACGGUUCAGCAAAUCUAUUAACCCUGAGGAAUGCGUAUGUGGUGCUUGCAGGGAAGGGAGGCUAGAGCCGCUCUUCACUACCCGAAAGAGGGCGCGCAAGACGCCGCAGACCAGCGUAGCGAGUCCUCUGGCAGCUGAGCGGGGUCGAGAUUCCCCUUACUCUCUUGCUCGGUUGCACAUUCCCGGGGAAUAUCUCCCAACGCCUACCCACAGUACGACCUAUACCGGGGACGGCUUCACUCUAGAAAGCGAUUUCCUUGAUUCGGAUAUCGAAGAUAUGACAAGGGCCAUGGACGCCGUUGAGAUAGGACUUGUUCUGUAA